AUGAAUCAAGAUAGACGACAGCCGUUCCCACCACAACAGCCGCCGCAGCAACAACCUCGCAGGAUCGAGAAACCACCAUUACAGCAUGUUCGGAAGCAUCCAGCGAAAGCACACCAGCCCGUUGGGUACACUGAAAAGGAGCAGAUGCUUAUACAGUCGAAAUUGAACAAGGCGUUAGGCCCGGAAUAUGUAAGCUAUCGACCCGCUGGUGGAGGGUCAAGAGUGCAGUAUAUUGAAGGUUGGAAAGCACUUAAUCUUGCAAAUGAAAUAUUUGGGUUUAAUGGGUGGAGUUCCGAGGUGAUAUCUUGUGAGAUUGAUUAUUUUGAUACUCAUGGCAAUAGUGGUAGAUUUUCAUUGGGUCUUUCGAUUAUUGUUAGGAUAACGCUCAAGGAUGGAACUUUUCACGAAGAUAUAGGGUACGGAUUCAUUGAUAACUCAAAGAGCAAGGCAGCCGCGUUUGAAAAAUGUAAAAAAGAAGCUUACACGGAUGGGAUUAAGAGGUGUUUGAGAUGCUUUGGGAAUGUAUUGGGAAAUUGCUUGUACGAUAAGACGAUAACAAGACAAAUAGACAAAUUGAAGGAACCUCCUGCUGAGUAUGAGGCGAAAAACUUUCAUAGGGAUCCAUUAUUAGUGGAAAGGGAACGUAAAAGGGUGUUGAUGGAACAGAAGAUUGGGGAACAAGAGGAAGAGGGGAAGAAGGAGGAGUUGAGGCAAAGAAAGCAGCAAGACAACACGGGUUUGAUAAACGAGACUCGAGAGACGAGUUUAGUAGCGCCCCAUCCUAAUGCAUUUGUUACUCCCAAACUGCCUGUAAAAAUAGUGAAUAUUUCCAAAAAGAGAGAGGCAGAGGAGAUUGACGAGUCGUUUUUGUUCAGUGAUGAUUUUUAUGAAGAUGACUCACAAACUUCGAACCAGCUUCAUACUGAAGGCACAGCACAAGAAAAGUCUAGAGAAGUAGAGAAAAAUGAGAAACUACCUCAAGCUGAGAAAGCUACUGUAAAUACCACCACCGUCGCCACUACCGCCUCCGCGGCCACCACCUCCACUACUGCCACCACCUUCUCCGCGGCCACCGCCUCCACUACUGCCACCACCAACCCCACAACCGGUAUACCAUUCCCUGCAUUUGUUACUGCAAAAAGUGCUACUUUGGUGCAACAGAACCAGGAUCAGAAAAAUGAAGAGAUUAAGAAAUUCGAUACAACUUUUGUCUCGCCACAUAUUAGACGCACUGUUGAUCCAACAAAGUCUGUCCCGAUAAAGCGAACAGAUACAAAAAACUCACCUAGUAUGAAUCACCUACCAAUCAAGAUUAAUAAUUCAAAUACAACUACAACAGCAACCACAACAACAAGUACAAAUGUCAGUCCUCUAAAUAGUAUAUUUGGAAAACGAGUUGGCUUGCCACCUCUGAAAGCCAAUAAGAGAAUUCAUUUGGAUCCUAUAGUGCAUAAUUAG